ACGCAAUUUAGUUCUGGCAAUGCUGUCAUCUGGAGAAACCAUCAAAGGAAACUUUCCUCAAGAAGUGCCUUAAUUUCACAAAUAAUUGCAUUUCCAAGCAAUUAAUGUGAUAAAAUUUUCAUUUAUUCCAUUUUUGUGAUAGUAGUUUUGAAGAAAGUGUUUGAAAUAUCUAUAUUAGUCACACGACAAAUGUUAAAUAUAUGUGAUCUAGGUAAUGCGGCUGGAGUGCAGUAUCAGAAAGAGAAGAAGAACGCAACAGAAAAAUAAAACAAAUACAACAGGAAGUUACAAAAAUAGAUAAGUCCAGGCAACAAGUGAUUGACCAGAAAACAUACAAACAAUAUCAUUUCGGCAUACACUUAUCUACUUACUAACAUAUAGGAUACAACUUAUAAUAAGCAACAUGUUGAAUUGCUUUAGUGCAAUGAGUGUGCCCACUUUGGGUGAAAUGGAACAAACUAUAUGUAUGCUUGAACGUGGCACAAUUAUCACCAAAUUGUAUUCCAAACAUCGGCCGGAACAACGACGCCUGAUGUUGGUGCGCGAAACGAGGCAGCUGUUAUGGUCAUCGGUUAUGGCAGAUACGCGUACUGAUUAUGAGGGAUCGCUUGAACUACGUGAAAUUCGUGAGAUACGUGUGGGUAAAUGCUCUAAAGAAUUUCGUAAUUGUGCGGAAGAUUCGAAACGCUUCGAACCGGCAAAGUGUUUUGUAGUGUUACAUGGUAGUUCAUUCAAACUGAAGACUUUCUCAGUUGUAGCACUUUCCGAACAGGAGGCGGACAAUUGGGUACGUGGCCUACGUUACAUGGUGCAGGACACCGUAAACGCACCCUAUCCUCUACAAGUGGAACGUUGGCUAAGGCGCGAGUAUUACGCCAUUGAAAAUUCGAGUAUGCAGUCUGCCAAAGAUGGUGGUCAAGUGACAGUUAAAGAUUUUAAAAGCUUUUUGGCAAGUAUUAGUUGCAAAAUGACCACCAGUAAACUAAUGGAAUGCUUCUCUGAAGAUGAUGCAAGACGUAAAAAUGAUUUACGCUUCGAUGAUUUCUCACGUUUAUAUAGAAAAUUCCUUAUGCCAAAUAAUUUUCUGGAAGAAAUGUUUUAUAGUACACCCGGCACAUUUGCCUAUUCAAAAGAUGGCGAAACAGUCACAUUACGUGAGUUCCAAACCUUUUUAAUGCAAGAGCAACAUGAAAUCAUGGGACGUGACGAUGCGUCGGUUUCAAACUUUAUACGCGACUUUUUACAAGAUGUAGAGCGUGAUGUGCAAGAACCCUAUUUUACAAUUAGUGAAUUUCUCGACUAUUUAUUUUCGAAACAAAACGAUCUCUGGGAUCGCAACUGUGAUCGCAUUUACAUGGACAUGAAACAACCAAUUUCUGCAUAUUGGAUUGCAUCCUCGCACAACACUUAUCUCACUGGCGAUCAGUUUUCUAGUGAAUCGUCAUGUGAAGCCUAUGCACGUGCAUUACGUAUGGGCUGUCGCUGUAUUGAGCUGGACUGCUGGAAUGGCGCAGACAAUUUGCCAUAUAUUUUCCAUGGACAUACAAUGACUUCCAAAAUAAAAUUUAAAGAUGUAAUUAAAACGAUAAAGGAGCAUGCAUUUGUAACUUCUGAAUAUCCAGUGAUUUUAUCAAUUGAGCAGAACUGUUCUCUGGAGCAGCAGCGUAAUAUGGCGCAAGCGCUUACUGAGGUUUUUGGUGACAUGCUGUUAACGCAGCGUUGUGACCGCGCUGAAGUACAACUGCCUUCCCCACAUCAAUUACGUCGCAAAAUCAUACUUAAACAUAAAAAACUGCCGGAAUACGAAGAUGGUUGCGCUGGUGGGCCGGGUAUAGUCGGUGGUGGUUCUGGUAUGUUAACGACCAGUGGCAGCAGAUCUUCUAUAAGUGGCGCUAACGGCGAUGAAAAUGAAAAUAUGCGUAAUUUUCUCAAAGAGGGAAUGUUGUACUUUAAAGAUCCGGUCGAUAAAGCCUGGAAUCUAUAUCAUUUCCUAUUAACACAACAACAACUGAUUUACUCCUCGCACACCGACGAAAACAACGCUGGCGGCGCAGAUGACGACGAUAACGCGGUUUCACAGAAUUCAGCUGCAACCUUAAUGCCUAAAACAAAGGAUAAUUUUGCGAAUGAAGAAUUACACUUUGGUGAAAACUGGUUCCAUGGCAAAUUAGAAGGUGGCCGCCAGGAAGCUGAUCAACUACUAGAGGCUUACAAACACUUGGGCGAUGGCACGUUCUUAGUGCGCGAGUCAGCCACUUUCGUUGGAGAUUAUAGCUUGUCUUUCUGGCGUCGUAAUCGUCCAAAUCACUGUCGUAUCAAGUUGAAGCAUGAAAAUGGCGCAACCAAAUAUUAUUUAGUCGAUAAUUUCGUUUUCGAUUCACUCUACUCACUAAUUGUGUACUAUCGCAAAAAUAUGUUGCGCAGCUCCGAGUUCUCGAUCACCCUAAGAGAGCCUGUGCCACAACCAAAGAAGCACGAAACACAAGAAUGGUUUCAUCCCAAUACAACCAAAGAGCAGGCAGAGCAAGUGCUUAUCAAACUGGAUGUGGGCUCAUUCCUGGUGCGCCCCUCGGUGCAAAGCACCAACGCAUUUGUCAUAUCGUUUACGAUAAAUCGCAAAAUUAAGCAUUGUCGCAUAAUGCAAGAGGGUCGGCUCUAUGUCGUGGAUACCAUACAAUUCGAAUCGCUUGUGUCGCUAGUCAAUUAUUACAUGCGCAAUCCGUUAUAUCGUAAUGUCAAACUAAUGUAUCCGGUGUCACAGGAGCUAUUGCGUCAGAAAUUGCUCGUCUGUCAAACUUCGUUGGAGCAUCAUAAUGGUAGCGAUUUCAAUGAUGCCUCGAGUUAUAUGGAUCCCAGUCUGGAUGAUCGUGUUACAUGCAAGGCGCUCUACAGUUACAAGGCAAAUAAACCGGAUGAACUCUCAUUCCCAAAACAUGCCAUCAUUACGAAUGUGCAGCGAAAUACUUCGAUGUGGUGGCGCGGUGAUUAUGGUGGCAUGGUGCAACGUCACUUUCCGGCCAACUAUGUGAAGGUAAUUGACUCGGUCAGUGAUGACUACAAUUCCUUUAGCGAUGAAAAUAACUGCGAAAGUAUCUCACGCACCGAUUCGAUUGACAUACAUGGCGCAAUUGUACACCUGUCCGAAUCGAAUGAACCGGGUAUAUUAUUCCAGUUGCAAAUUCAGACACCCACAAUGCAAAAUUCCUUUAUUAUCGGUUUUGAUAACCAAGAGUUGGCUUACGAAUGGAUCAAAGCCAUACAAGAGGGUGCACAAAUCGCCAAUCAAUUGGCCACAGAGCGUCGCAAAAAAGAACGUUCCGCACGUGUGGCCAAAGAAAUGUCCGACUUAAUUAUUUACUUCCGCAGCGUGCCAUUCCGUGAACAUUCAUGGGUAUUCUACGAGAUGUCCAGCUUCCCCGAAACCAAAGCAGAAAAACAAUUUCUACAACAAAACACUAUGCUCUUCCUACAGUAUCAUCGCAAUCAAAUCAGUCGCGUCUAUCCGAAGGGUCAACGUUUGGAUUCCUCCAAUUUUAAUCCAGUACCCUUUUGGAAUGUCGGCUCGCAAAUGAUUGCGCUCAACUAUCAAACCGGCGACAAGGCUAUGCAGCUGAAUCAGGCAAAAUUCCGCGAUAACGGUAAUUGCGGCUAUCUGCUGAAACCGAAGUUCAUGCAAAGCGACAGUUUCGAUCCGAAUAAUAUGCUGGCGAUUAGCUCGCUGGAAGAGCGCUUUGUAACCAUACGCAUUAUAGCCGGCCGCCAUCUGUUUCGCGGCGGCAAAUCCAAUAAUCCGCUAGUCACGGUGGAAAUAUGCGGCGCCAGUUUUGACACUGGCGUUAAGCAUCGCACCAAGGUAAGCGAGAACGGUUUCAAUCCUUUUUGGAAUGAAAGCUGCAAAUUCACCGUGCGCAAUCCACAUUUUGCGCUGUUGCGUUUCGAGGUGCAGGACGAGGAUAUGUUUGCCGAGACGCAUUUCAUAGCGCAAGCCAGCUAUCCGCUGAAUUGCAUACGCACCGGUUAUCGCAGCAUAACAUUGCGCAAUAAAUUCAGUGAGGAGCUCGAGUUGGCCUCGCUGCUGGUGCAUGUGGAGAUUAACCAUGCGGCCAACACAAGUGCGGCAAAUGAGCACACAGUUGUGGUGGACUUUUAAAUUGCUCGCUGUAAUAACAGUGUGAAAUGUGUGUUGUGAAAGUGUAUUUUGUGUUAGAAAAUGUUUACUCACAUAUCUGAGUAUGUAGUAGUGGUUGUUUUUGUAACAAAUGCCCUUAGUUUACCCAACGAACAAAAAUGCUUUAAGGCAUCUAUAUACAUAUCAAAUUAUACACAAGUGAACAAAUUUAAUAAUUUUAUAACAAUUAUUGAAAAAUUUAUAAUUUUCAAAACAAACAAA